AUGAUCGGAGUUAACAGUGUUCAGAGCACCAGCAAAGUCCGGGUGAGAGCCACAGGUUCGGUGAAAUACUCCCGAGAAGAAUCUCUCUGGCGGCAGUCCCAUCGGUCAAAAUCUAUGAAAAUCUCAAACUCCUCUGAGUUUUCUACUAAGGAAAGCAAGGCCCUCUACAAUUCAAUCAAGAAUGAGAAGCUGGAAUGGGCAGUGGAUGAAGAUGAGAAAAAAAAGUCUCACUCAGAUGGUACAGAUGAAAAGGAUAAUGGGAGCCAGACGAAGGCUGUCAGUCGAAUUGGCAACUCAAAUAACCCAUUCCUAGACAUCCCUCAUGACCCCAGUGCUGCUGUGUAUAAAACUGGAUUUCUGGCUCGGAAAAGCCAUGCAGAUAUGGAUGGAAAGAAAACUCCCCGGGGAAAGCGAGGCUGGAAAACCUUUUAUGCUGUGCUGAAGGGAACAGUGCUGUACUUGCAGAAGGAUGAAUAUAAGCCAGAAAAGGCUUUGUCAGAGGAAGAUCUGAAGAAUGCAGUUAGUGUGCAUCAUGCACUGGCAUCCAAGGCAACAGACUAUGAGAAGAAACCCAAUGUCCUCAAGCUUAAAACAGCAGAUUGGAGAGUCCUGCUUUUCCAAGCCCAGAGCCAAGAAGAAAUGCAGACCUGGAUCAACAAGAUUAACUGUGUGGCUGCUGUCUUCUCUGCACCGCCAUUUCCAGCAGCAAUUGGCUCUCAGAAGAAGUUCAGUCGCCCACUCCUGCCAGCCACCACAACAAAGCUAUCUCAGGAUGAACAGCUGAAGUCCCAUGAAGCUAAGCUGAAGCAGAUCUCCACUGAGCUUGCCGAACAUCGCUCCUAUCCUCCCGACAAGAAGCUCAAAGGCAAGGAAGUAGAUGAUUACAAACUGAAGGACCACUAUCUGGAGUUUGAGAAAAAUCGCUAUGAGAUUUACGUUGGCCUCCUGAAAGAAGGGGUGAAGGAGCUGCUGAGCGGAGGAGAGAACGAUGCACCAGGACUGAAGAAAUCCCACUCGAGUCCCUCAUUGAAUCAGGAGUCUCCAGUUAGUGCCAAGGUGAAGCGCAAUGUCUCAGAGAGGAAGGACUACAGGCCAGAAACACCCAGCAUUAAGCAGAAGGUCACUUAG